UAUGACAACAAAUCUCCUUUUCACAUUUGUAUUUCAGGAAAAUCAGGUGCAUCUGCUGAAACUCUUUUGGAUCAGGAAUGUAUAAAACCUAUGAAUUACUCAAGCCAGCUGGAAGACUCUGGGUGUGAUGUCUCUACUGACUAUGCCUUUGAUUCUUUAGGCAUAGCUUCUGAUUUUCACCAAUCUGAGCAUAAUGUUGACCGUACUAAACACUGGUCGGAAAGAGUUCCUUCACUGAAUCUUUGCUGUACUAGCAAGGAGGAAUCUGUGACUGCUCCACUACACUUUUUGCGACAUCUGCUUGAAAUACGAAAACUGGCCGAAGGAGGAAUUCUUCAAGCAGACUUCGCAGAGCUUGAGAGUGAUUCUUUCAGCAUAUGCCAUUCGGUGUCUCAGUUGCUUGAUGGACUGACUUUUUUUUACAAGAGUCCUAAAUUUCCAGUUCCCAACUAUCUUACUGAAGCAACUUGUGUUUUGAGCAGUUUAUUAACUGAUAGUAAAUUAUCUAAUCAUGUUUUGAAGAAAUGUUUCAAGAAGCUGGAAGAAUUUAGUAAAAAUCUGAUUCAGAUUAUUUCAAGGAACAGCAAUAUCAACAGGUUUCAGGCACUGUAUGCUGUAUCAGACACGCUAGUUUUGCUAGGAAAGAACAACAUACUAAGAAAUUCUUUAAUAUCUCUUCUGCUCUCAGAAGUACAUCACUUUGCUGAGCAGCUGUUGCAAGCUCACCAGAUCAUUGAUGAAGAUAUUAAACAGAAGUGGCUCCAAUACUGA